AUGUCUGACAUCAAGAUCCAGGUCGGCGACACCAUCCCCCAGGGCACCUUCAAGUACAUUCCCUACUCGCCCGAGCUCGAGGACCACUCCGCGUGUGGCAUUCCUAUUCAGCUCAACACCGAUGAGUGGAAGGGCAAGAAGGUCGUCCUCGUCUCCGUGCCUGGCGCGUUCACGCCCACGUGCCACGCGAACCACCUGCCGCCGUUCCUGCAGAAGUACGACGAGUUCAAGGCGAAGGGUGUUGACGUGAUUGCCGUCAUCGCCGCCAACGAUGCGUUCGUCCUCAGCGGCUGGGCGCGCUUCCUUGGCCUCAAGGACAAGAUCAUCGCGCUCUCUGACGCUAACGCGAAGUGGUCGGCGCAGCUUGGCCUCUCGCAGGACCUGUCGGCGGUGGACUUCGGCACCCGCACGAAGCGUUACGCGCUUAUCAUCGACGAUCUCAAGGUUACCUACGUAGGCGUUGAGACCGAGCGCGUCGUGUCUGUCUCCGGCGCUGACGCCAUCCUGGCUGCCCUCUGA